ACUUUUUCCCCCUCGCUUCCUCUUUUUUUUUUUUUAUAAAAAAAUGAGUUCUUUUGCAGUACCAGACACAAAGAGUCUUAAAAGAAAGAGAGAAUUAGAAAUAGAACUAUCAAAAGAAGUUGAAGAUCAGCCUACAUCUCGUGAUGCUUCUGACGAAGAUAACACAGAUACUUCUUUACCACAGCCUCUUCAUCAAGAACUAAGCCCUGUUACAAAGAAAUUACGUCAAUUUGGACCUAACCUUUCUGCAAGUGAAGAAGAAAAUGAUCAUUUGGUCUGUUUACCUCCUGGUAUAGAAGAGCAAUAUGGGUUCAGAAUUAAUCCUCCACCAGUGGAUAGACCCAUUCGUAUCUAUUGUGAUGGAAUCUAUGAUCUAUUUCAUUUUGGACACGCUAAAGCACUCGAACAAGCCAAAAAGGCUUUCCCUAAUGUGUAUCUUUUAGUGGGUGUAUGUAACGAUAUCGAAACACACAAACGUAAAGGAAAGACGGUGAUGACAGAUGUUGAAAGAUAUGAAGCUGUUCGACAUUGCAAAUGGGUGGAUGAAGUGAUUGAAAAUGCCCCUUGGAUUAUUGACCAAGAGUUUCUUGAUCACCACAAGAUCGAUUAUGUCGCCCAUGAUGCUGAACCCUAUCAGAGUAAAGAGUCAGGUGAUGUUUAUGCAUUUGUAAAAGCGCAAGGCCGAUUCUUCCCAACUCAGCGUACAGAUGGAAUAUCCACUUCUGAUCUCAUCACUCGUAUCGUACGUGAUUAUGAUGCUUAUCUUCGUAGAAACCUUGAACGUGGCGUUAGUGCAAAAGAAUUAAAUAUCUCCUUCUUAAAAGAAAGAAAAAUAAAGACCAAAAAGUCAAUAGAGGAUUUUAGGCAAACACUGAAAACUGCUAUCAAUGAUACAAUAUUACAUUGGGAAGAUAAGAGUCAUGACUUUAUAAGAGGCUUCAGUGGCGUCUUUGGUGCAGAAGAUGUAGUGGAUAAAUUUUGGAAAUACAGAAACAAAAAGAGACUUCAAUCUGAGAAUAGUAGUAGUCAAGCAAGUAGCAGAGUGCAGUCAGAAGAUGAAGAGAUGGAAAAGAAUGCUAAAGACUAAGUUGUACAUUAUUUUUGAAAUUCAAACAAAAUAAAGCUAGUACUUAGACUACACAGCCUAUGAAUAUUUAUAAUGAUUUACACUAUACAGUGAAAACGGUACAUGUAAUUAAGUCAAAUG